AGGCAAUCAAGCUCCGAAUUAGCCCACCUCCCUGGAGACAGUCCAGACUCCCGUCAGAGGCAGAGGUCGAGAUAAGGUUGAAGCAUGGGGGGAUGGAGGGGGAGGACGGGAUAAGCGGAGAAGUCUGGGUUGGGGUCUAGAACAGGGGACGGCACGUACCUGGGGCGCGGGAAGGAUUUCCCUCCCGGCCGUAAGGCAGGCCAAGGCAGGCCAAGGCAGGGAGCACAUCGCACAUCAUCACAACGGCGUCUAUGCCAAUUGGUUAGAACUGCAUUGGCGGCGAUCUGUGGACUGAUGGUCUGUGUGGCCUGUGGACAUGGCGGGGAACGGUGACAGCCGAAAGGCUUGUUCAAGGAGUGACAGGGCGCUACCGAAGCUUAGCUUGGACACUGGAGAAUUUAGAAUGGAGAUUACGGAUGGCCACAGUUUAGGGGGCACGGAGGAUCUACUAUCUCAACCGGCGCUCGCAAGAGAAAGGAGAAAUGGGCAACGGCGGCAGCAAUAUCGGACGACCGGUUAAUUUAGAGUUUGUCGCCAUCCAUGCCCCGACCGUGAUACCGCAGAAAUAUGGCAGAGAUACGGCAGAGAUACGUAUCUCUACGUCUCUACGCCGAGGAGAUAGAGAAAGAGAUUACGCGACCAUAUGAGUGAGUUUCCAUUCCCCUAUAGGUCCCUCUCGUCCCUUCUGUCUCCGACAUUCUUCAGGUUCCAGGCGACAACUUGCUCUUGCUCUCCCUUGCUCCUGCCACAAGCACCUUCUUCCCCUGCUCUCUUCCUUCCUUCCUUCCUUCCCAUCUUAGGUUGCGUUCUUGCUUCCUUCCGCGGCGCUCACGAGGUCUCUCUGGCCGACUCCGGUUACGGAACCCUCUCCUCAUCCUCUCUCUGGCUCUCCACUCUCCCCUCUAAGCUCCUUACCUCACUCAUUCCCGUCAGUUCCACCUUUUCACCUCACCUCUACACGCCAUCACAACCUACCCCGGCCCCCGUACCGACGACGGUUGUGCCUCGUCUCCUUCGACUACUCCUCCGUCCUAGACAUCCUUACCUAGCCUCAUCUUCUCGUCUUUGCCUGGUCCACCAAUCUACUCAGCGUCGGGUAUCUGCCUGCCAUGACGGCCGCCAACGACAUGUCCGAGGCCAAGGAGCCUGUCAGUUUCGCUACCACUGUUGAGGGCGAAAAGAUCAAGCUCUCCGACACCAACUCUUCCGAACAGCUUCCCGCGAGCCUGAAGGAGACGGGGCGCGAGUUUGAUGUGACCGAGUCAGAUCUCCUUGAGGCUAAGCACCUGGCUGCCACCUUCACGCUGGACAAGACUAUCGCUAUGAUGAAAAAGGUGCACAAGCAACACGCCAGCGACCCCAAUUUCCCCAUCGAGAUCAUCAACCACAUUGACGAGUUCCUUGGGCACGAGGCCGACUUGGUCGCCAACCCCCAAAAGUAUGAGCAUCUGAUUGAAGAGAUGAAGAUUGAGGCUGCUCUCAUGACCAACAAUUCACCCUAUACCGAAGUGCGAGCAGUCGUGGACAACCAUGAUGACCCAUCGCUACCCGUAUCAACCAUCCGUGCCUGGGGCAUAGGUGUCUUGUUUGCUAUCUGCAUCUCCUCCAUCAACUCCUUCUUCGACAUUCGUCUCCCGGCUGUUAGUAUCAGCGGAACCGUCGUCCAGCUGCUGGCCUACCCCUUUGGCACCUUCUUGGCACGCGUGCUCCCCGACAAGGGAAUCACCCUCUUCGGCGUUCGUCACAGCCUGAAUCCAGGACCUUUCAACAAGAAGGAGCACAUGCUUAUCACCAUCAUGGCCAGCGUCGCCAAGAGCGUUCCUUAUACCAACUACAUUGCUUGGAUUCAGGUUCUCCCCCAAUACUUCGGACAGGAAUGGGCCCGCAGCAUUGCCUACCAGCUCCUCAUUGGCCUCUCGACCAACUUCAUCGGGUACGGGCUGGCCGGAAUCUGCCGCCGUUUUCUGGUCUACCCUGCUUUCUGCGUCUGGCCAACAUCUUUGGUGACCAUCGCGCUCAACUCUGCGUUCCACGACAAGGAGUUGGAGAAGACAACCAUCGAGGGCCCGUUCAAGACUCGCUGGACCGUGUCCCGAAUGAAGUAUUUCUGUUGGCUUUGCGGGGCCAUGUUUGCCUACUUCUGGCUUCCCAACUACCUUUGCGGCGCCCUGACUUACUUCAGCUGGAUGACCUGGAUCUCGCCACAAAACGUUCAUCUGGCCAGCAUCACGGGUGGCCAGACAGGCCUCGGGCUGAACCCGCUGCCAAGCUUGGACUGGAACGUCUUUGCGCUUGAUCCUUUGAUGGUGCCCUUCUUCUCUACCUUCAAUUACUUCUUCGGGGCAUUCCUGUCCAUGUUCGUCAUCAUUGGCCUUUACUACACCAACACCUACUACACGGCCUACCUCCCCAUCAACUCAAACCGGCCUUUCGACCACUUCGGCCACAUUUACAAAGUCAGAUCUAUCGUGGAUGACAAUGGACUCUUUGACGCCAAGAAGUAUGAAGCAUACUCGCCUCCUUACCUGGCUGCAAGCAACGUGGUCGUGUACACGUUCUUUUUCGCCUUGUACGCUGCGACGGUGACUUAUGCCGCUCUCUACCACCGCCUGGAGAUAAAGCUCGGCCUGAAUGAGUUGUGGCAAAGAGCCAAGUUCACCAUGCGAAGGUUGAGGUCCAAAAAUGCACGCGGCGAAGAGUCGACCGAAGAGGAUGUGGACCUUCUUGAUGUCCAUAAUCGGCUCAUGCGCGCCUACCCCGAAGUCCCACAAUGGUGGUAUAUGACGUGCUUGGCCUUUGCCAUCGCCGUCGGUAUGGUUGGCGUCUCCUUGUGGCCGACGAACACGACACCGUUUGUGGUGUUGUACGGCAUCGCCCUAUGUCUCGUCUUCGUCGUCCCUAUUGGUAUCAUUGCGGGCAUGACUGGUGUGGAGGUCACGCUGAACGUCAUUGCGGAAUUCAUCGGUGGUGUCUGGAUGGAGGGCAACGCGAUUGGCAUGUGCUUUUUCAAGUCGUACGGAUAUGUCACCUGCGCCCACGCUAUAGCGUUCAGCAGUGAUCUGAAGCUUGCCCACUACGUCAAGAUUCCACCCCGGUUUACCUUUUGUGCCCAGAUGGUCCCUACGCUGGUUUCGACUUUGAUCAGCGUCGCGAUUAUGCAAUACCAAACCCGCAUCGAGAAUGUGUGCACUCCGGAUGCACCAUUCCGUUUCCUCUGCCCAGGCGUCAACACGUUCUUCACGGCAGCUGUCUUCUGGGGCACGGUCGGUCCACGAAAGAUUUGGGGUGUCGGUGGCCAGUAUUCGAUGACGUUGUUGGGAUUCCCGUUUGGCUUCCUUGCGGUCAUGUUGUUUUGGUACUUGAACAAGAAGUGGCCCAAGAGCGUCAUACUCCGCAAUGUCCACCCAGUGGUCAUGAUGAGCGGUGCCCUGAACUGGGCGCCGCUCAACUUGGCCUACAUGUGGCCUGCUGUCCCGGUGGGUGCAUUUUCGUGGUUGUUUGUGAAGAAGCGUUACUUGGCCUUCUGGUCAAAGUACAAUUAUGUGACUUCUGCUGCGUUUGGGUGCGGCAUUGCUAUCAGCGGUGUCGUAACCUUCUUCGCAGUGCAGCUGUGGGGCUUCCAGGUGAACUGGUGGGGAAACGAUGUGUUGAAUACCGGUUGCGACGCCGAAGGGACUUGUACUCUGCUGAAUUUGACCGACGGCGAGUACUUUGGUCCAAGAUUGGGCGAGUUCAGCUGAGAGUCGAGAGAGCCAGAUGCCGACAGGACGGGGCGGAUUCGCCUCUCUCUUUUUGUUUUGUUCAUGAACGCAAUGCAAUGGCUUACGGUUACAACAAGGCGGGACCUUUGAAUUCUCUGGGUGCAUAUUUGCGGGUUGCGCGAAGCGGACAUUCGAGUUGAUGGCGAGCAGGGCAGUGUAUGAUGAGAUGAACCCAAAUCAAAUAGCUUUUAUCAUAUUCCUAUCAGACUCAUGUGGAGAAAUGGACAAGGAAGCUUACG